GUGAGACGGUGAUCGGCAAGAAGGACAUGGUGGUGGGCACUAUCGACGUGAAGGACGCGUUCUUCCAGUAUUUCGCGGAUGAGGUGGCGAGCUGGUUCGGGCUCGGACAUGAGGUGGCGGCGAAGGACUGGCGAGUUACGUGGGUCUGGGGCGACGACCUGAGGAGGUUCGACGCGGUGGGCCUGGCGGAGGAGCUGGAGGUGGUGUUCGAGGCGAUGUGCAUAGGCUGGACGUGGGCUCUCUACCUCUGCAGUGGAGGCAUCGAGAGCUGUCUUUCGGGCGCGGGGCUCGCGGUGAUGAAGGGGCGUGCGCCCAUUUUGGUUACUUGGGGUAUGAGGGGCAUGGGCUGUGCUAGCGUGGAGAACGUCACCGUGGCGGGGCGAGUCGCCGAAGAGGAGGGCCUCUCGCUGCGUCCACCUGGAGUUGGGAAGCUCGAGGAGUCGAUGGGCUUGGUCCUCGACGUGGAGAAACUGGAGCUGAGGGGCGGCGAUCUGGAGGUUUGGCUCGGGCGCGCGAUCGUCGCGAUGAGGCUGGGGCGACCGCUGAUGGCCAUCCUGCAGGAGGUCUACCACCGACAGGGGCGCGGGCUGCUGCGCCGCCGAGCCGACGCGGAGCUCAUCCAGGAGGAGCUGUGGCACCGCGAGAGAUGGCGGUUCAUGGAGACGGAGCCCGAGGCGGAGCGCCUGUUCGUCACUGCAGGCUUCGCGCGGGAGCAGACGCGGGGGCACGUGGGCGACUCCGACCCCGCCGACCCCGUCGAGCAGGUGUUCGCUGACGCGGAGGUGCAGGGCCAGGCAGCUGGGCCUCGCGCAGGCGCGGGCACCGCCUACGCCCGACGUGGGCGCCAGGCGGCAUGCGCUGGCAAGGCGCCGCGGCACUCGCGGCUUCGGCGUCGAGCGGGUGUUGAAGUGGAGGUGCUUGCUGCUACCCCGCCAGUCUCCAAAGUCUGGGCGGGCCGCUCGACCUGGCCCCUGGCGACCUGCGGCCGAUGGGCGUGGCCCGAGGAGCACAUCAAUGUGAAGGGGGCGCGCGUCGCUCUGGAUG